UGUUGGAAAUGACAGCUGUUAUGUUUUGCUCUCCGUGAGCUGACGUGUAGAAGUGGCGGUGUUUAUGUAUGUUGGUUAGCUGUUUACUUGCGGCAAAAUUCAGACGUAAUGGGAGGCCAGAAAUUCCAAUAUGAUGAAAGUGGAGGCACAUUUUUCUAUUUUCUUUUAUCUUUUUUAGCGUUAUUAUUAAUUCCUGCAACAUAUUAUUGGUGGCCUCGGAAACAAAAACAAGAUCAGAAACAACUAGAAAAAGAAUGUCAGUGCCGAGGAUGCCAGAAGAAAAAAGUCAUGCUUCUCACCAAACAGCCAUGGAAAGAAACCAAACAGAUUCUGCAAAUUGUACUUAUUCUGAGUGGAUGGACUGUAUUGAUAUUGCUGGCGUACAAAGUGUCACAGUUUGAUUAUGAAUAUGCCAAUUUUGAUCCGUAUGAAAUUCUUGGCAUAACAACUGGUGCAUCUCAAGGAGAUAUUAAAAAAGCAUACAGAAAACUAUCACUUAUUUAUCACCCUGACAAGGAAACUGGAGAUGAGAAGACUUUCAUGAAGCUUACAAAAGCGUAUCAAGCACUCACAGAUGAUGAAGCUCGUCGCAACUGGGAGAAAUAUGGCAAUCCAGAUGGUCCAGGGGCCAUGAGUUUUGGUAUUGCUUUACCAUCAUGGAUUGUUGAAAAAGAAAAUUCUGUUUGGGUUCUUGGUUUGUAUGCACUGGUGUUCAUGGUUGCCCUCCCAACGGCUGUUGGCAUGUGGUGGUAUAGAUCUAUCAGGUACUCAGGUGACCAGGUGCUGUUGGAUACAACUCAGAUGUACUACUAUUUCUUCCACAAAACUCCUUGUUCUAUGGCUGUCAAAAGGGUGAUCAUGAUCCUUGCAGCAUCUCGGGAGUUUGAAAAAAGGCACAAUAGUGAGGUUGUCGAGCGACCUACUGACAACGUAGAAGUGCCACAGUUGAUAAAACAAAUUCCAAAUCUGAACGAAAAAAAUCGAGAACCACCGCUUUGCCAUCUAUACUCCAUCAAAGCUCGGGCCUUGAUACAUGCUCACCUGGGCAGAAUUCCACUGCAGGCAGAUACGUUGGACAAAGACAGACAAUACAUAGUGAAGAAGUGCCCAUAUCUUGUACAGGAGAUGGUGAACUGUGUCUCUCAACUUAUCCUGCUUGCAUAUGCUCAUAGAAUUCCGAGACUUCCCAACAUAGAAACCAUAGAGAACUGCAUGAAGCUUAGUCCAAUGAUUGUACAGGCCAUGUGGGAGUAUAAGAAUCCACUUCUUCAGCUUCCUCACAUUACAGAUGAGAAUCUCAAGUAUUUCUCCUCUAAAAAGCAACGAAUCAAAAGUAUCCAACAGUUUGCAAGUUUGAAACAUGAAGAAAAACAACAUAUUCUUCGUUUCUUGAAUGAUGACCAGUUUAAUGAUGUCAUCAAAGUGCUUUCCAAGAUGCCUUUGGUAGAUUUUCAGGUGGUAUCUGAAGUAAUAGAUGAUGAGAAUCCCACUGUCGUCACAGCAGGAGCCAUUGUCACAGUGACUGUGACAUUGGUUAGAAAAAACAUGAGUGAUUUAUUUGAAGGCUUUAACGUUUACAAUGAUAGUGAUGGAUACCAAAUGGAGAGAGAUCAAGAGGAACCACAGCCAGACGAAGAUGAGACAGCAAAGAAAGAAGAGCAUCUUAAAAAGCCAGUUUGGCAAAAGCAACCUAAAAAAGGAAAAAAGAGUGGUAAAAAGAGCACAAAAAGUCAAAGGCAACUUCCUCGAUCAAAAAAAGGUGAAGAGAAAUCGAGCCAGUCUUUGAUACCAGAGGCUAAGGAAAUAUUAAGGAAACCUUCUCAUGAUUCUGGAGAUGAGAGUGAUAUUUCGGAAGAUGAAGUAGAUCAUUCCAAUGAUGAGUGUUACGAGGAUCAGAACAACCAAAGUGACAAUAAGGUAUCCUCAUUAGAAGAUGAUGAUACCGAAUGGGAGAAAUUUCAGUCUGCACGCUUAUCAAAACGUGAGAAAGUUCUUGAAGGUCGUAGCAAGCAAUCUCACAGCGUCCACUGUCCAUAUUUUCCUGAGGACAAGCAAGAAUACUGGUGGGUGUAUGUGAGUGAUCGAAAGAGCCACACACUCUUAACUGCUCCUUAUCACUUAACUGCCCUUGUGGACAAAGAGGAAGUACAGUUAAAGUUCACAGCUCCAAGAUGGCCAAAUCUCUAUACAUUUACAGUUUGUCUUCGUUCAGACUCUUACUUAGGCUUUGAUCAAACACAUGACAUAAAGUUGGAUGUGAAAGAGGCACCAGAAGUCCCAGUUGAACAUCCACAGUGGGACAUGUUGGAUGAUGAGGAAGGAGAUAAUGAAGGAGCCGGCAGCGAUGUGUCAGAGUUCACCACUGAUGAAGAUGUUGAAGAGGAUAUCUGACAUCAGUGUGAACGAUAGCAUUUUAAUUAUAUUUUUAUUACAUUCGUUCAUGAUGAAUUUGGACUGAAGCAAAUAUUUUAUAUUUGUGUUAUAUAAAUUUUAGGUAUUGUCGUAACCUGUUAUCUACUUUUUUCAGACCACUUUGUAAAAAAAAAUAGUUUAAUUAUGUAUGACUGGUCUAAGCUUUGUAGGAAUAUGAACUUACCAUAUUUACCCGAAUAAGCCCUAAUAUUUAGACCAUAAACAAAAUAAUUUAUUGUGUGGAAUAAGUCGUGCACCAAACUUAAAAACAGAACCUGUGAUGAUACUUCAAAUAUCUGUUAAAUGUUUAUUACCGACUUAGAAAAUUAUUCAAAAUAAAAUAUUUUUCUUUGAGGUUUUGUGUAAAACUAAUAGCAUUCUCGGUACCGGUGUUGAAAUAUGCCUGUUUCUUUUUCAGCACUCUUUUUAUGCUUGCCAUAAGAGUACUAUUAAAUAUAUAUAUAAAUUAAAUAAAUUUGGAAAUUGCUAAGUAAGCAUACGCAAGAAAUGUUCGCCUUUUUACUGCAAUACUACCAUCACUCAAAAACAAGUCUUUUUUUUUUUCUCUCCAGUCACGUAUAUGACUUUUGUCGACAAUGUCCUUUCUCCCUGCAGAAAGAUUUUCCUUGAGCAUUUUCAAUCAUUAUUGGUUUUUUCAGCAACCGUAUUUGAUCUCAACCAUAAAUCCUUGGUAACAUUGCAAUGUCUUUCUCACAAAAACACACUCAUGAACCACAUGCAAGAUGUCUGUCAUCCAUUAACAACAGCAGGUUAACCAACCUUGAGUUUGAUGAACUUGCAUUGUACAACAUUGCCAUGUAGGGUUGUCAAAUUUUGAGUAAGCCAUGCACCAUGAUUUUUAAAUGUCACAUUUUGCUAAAAAUUGUGUGAGGUUUAUUCGGGUAAAUAUUGUAUUGGUUUUUUACGGGUACUGGUCAUCACUUCAUUUUUUUUGUCAGGUGAAGGGCAGUAAAGAAAUUUCUGCAGAUAUACAUAGCUUAGAAUCAGCUAGAAACAAACCACUUCAAAUAUUUCAAAGGAGCAGACAUUUUUUAAGUUACCAAAGAUAUUGUUCAAUAUCUUAGCACAUUAGUACAAGGUAACCAUGGAAACCUUCUGCAAGCAGAGAAGAGUAGAAAGAGAGGACCGUACUGUCAGCUGUACAUCAGAAGAAGGCAGAUACCUUCUUCUGAAGUUCAGCUGACAGUAUGGGCAACUAUCCAGUUCCAGGUUUUGUAAAUACCUAUGUCCAUACUACCUAGAAAAAUAGUCUCUAAUGAACUGUUAAAUCAUAAAAUAUUUUCAUUAGUUGAGUCGGACGUACUGAAUUUUGUCAGAGCUAAAGAAAUUCCUUCCAUAAUAAAUAUGUUGUGAACUCAAAUCCAAGAAGUCCAAUUGAUUUUUUUCUGAAUUUAAAAUUAACAGUUGAAAAAUUGAACUGUGUUGUGUCGAAAAGGUAACAUACAUAAAUAUUUGUUACGUGGUUUUUGUUUUUCAAAUCAGAUGGACAUUUUCCAGUUUUUGCAUAAACUUUAUUCUAGUGUAAAGAAUUUUAUUUGUAUCUAGACCUGAAAGCUAUCCUAAUUAGUAGGGACAUGCAAAUUUCGCAUUUACGAUAAAACGAAUUUUUACGCGAAAUUUGUAAGUUUAACACGAAUAACCUCACUUUUACAUAUUUUCUGAUACCGCAAAUUUUUUGUGCGAAAUAUGUCUGUUUACCACGAAUAACCACACUUUCCCGCCGUUUGGUAACUUAAAAAAAAGUAAAUAAACAGUCGUUGUCACCACUGAUAACACCAUCAACGUAAAGAGUACACUUGCCAAUGUUUACGUUUUAUUAUUUAUUUGAUACGACGCAUUCUUGGCGAACUGCACUCCUGCACUAAUACGCUCACGUUCUCUCGAAGGCACGUUUACAGAGUCAAAGAGUAAUGUACGGCCAUUUUGUUGGAUAUUUUGUGCAUUACAGCGCUUGUGUCGCGAAGCAAAUUAUAAAUUACGCUCAACUGUUCAUCUUGCAUCUACUAUGGACUAUGCAAACUGUUUUAAUUUGUUCUCACUGUAAACAGACUUAACAAUUACGUUUUAUUUUUAAGAAUGUUAAUUUUCGUUUAAAAAUGUUGUAUACAGUGCAACUAUUUUAUAAAAACUGUAGUUUGUGAUAGAAAACGUCUUCAUAUUUCUCAGCAGAAGUUCGAAAGUGUAAAAUAUGCCGAAACCUCAAGCAAUCACCAAACUUCGUGAGCACGAAUUUUGUGAUCGUGGGUUAUAUGCGAGGGUUAAUAAGUAGUUGGGCGAUAUGUGUUAAAAAAACUUUUUUUAAAUCCGAAAAUACUUUAAUAACGAGGCUAGAAGGCUGGAGAUACCCAAAUGCUAAUAUUUUGCUUGGCGAGCUUACCAAGAUGCAAUGCAACUUUGAAAACAUGAAGCAGUGCAUUUUUUUGACAAAACAAAACCAGUUUUGGACCACAUGAACACCACGAAAGCAGCUGCUGUGAAAAUAAGUGUAGUGCAAGUGUCUACAAAAUCUCUGGUGAAGCUUACCAGCUUGAUGGCUACAGAUCCAAGCAGACUUGACUUUGAAAACCCUUAACUGCCUUUGAUCCAAAAAAAUAUUUUGAUUACAGACAUGAUCCCUAUUUUGCUUGCUAAGUUGUGUAAUGUUUCUACUCUGAAAGAAAUGGACCGCCAGGAGCUGAUCACCGGUUUUGGAGAGUUGAAACAGAUAGUUGAGAAACAAAUGAAGGAAAGUAGUGUGGAUGUAGUGAAGGCACUUCAAGUUGUAAAACUUUCACAACCUGAAUUUUCUGACAGGUGCCUAGAAGCAGUGUGGAUGUUGUGUGCAAACGUUGAUUCGGAACGCUUCUUGUUACAAUACAUUAAUGUUCUCACUGACAAGAGAACUAAUUUGAAAUAAGAAAAUUUAGCUACAAUGGCUAUUAUUUCAUUUGAAAGUUAAACGUUGUGUCAAAGUACUUUGCUUCUGAAAUUAUUGGGUUGACUUAAUUUAGAAUCUGAGUUCUUAAACUUGUGUCUUUUUAACCUAUAUUUGUGUAAUUUUAAUUUAUAAUGUUUCAACUGAUGGUGCAAUUAUAUUACAAUGUUCUCUUCAUAUUUCUUACACUUGAAAUCGCAAAAAUUAAAAAAAAAAAUAAACCCGCUUUUAGGUAAAAAUAACACCGAUUUUAAGGGAAAAUAACACCACUUUUCAUCGCAAAAUAAACACACCUUUUGCAUGUCUCUACUAAUUAGGCUUUAAUUAAAUGUUAUAUUGAGCAUUUUAUGUGGAAAAAUGUUAAGUGUAUUCUAUUGUAAUGUGUCAGGAAUGCAUAUUGGUAUGUAAUUUUAACAUAUUCAACAAAUCUGCUCACCAAUUCACAAAAGAAACUUCAUGGGAAGUUUCCAAUAAGGAGCAUUCUUAUAUUAGAAAUGAUGAAAGUCUAUUGCUAUUUUUUGAGUUAAUUUUAGUACUGUGUGAACUCAGACUGGAUUAAAUACAUGACAUCAAAUAUCCAUUCCAUUGGAAGGCACAAAUGUUUUAUGCAAUAACAGAGUUUACUAUCAAAAUUUUGUUCAUUUGAUAAAGAACAUGAUAGCAUAAAAAAACUAGCCAAGCAAGGAGUUGUGUUAGUUUGCAAGAUUUUUGAUACUAUCCACAAAUAACAUAUCUAAACCUGAUUUUCAAGCAUGAGUGUCAUCCUCAGGAAUUUAGCUAGGUUCUUAGUGACAUCUGUGCAUACUACAUCAGUUUCCAUAAUAACCACCUCCUGAAAUAGUUUGGGUGAGUUUCUGAACAGCUUUUAUAAAUCUAGCGAUUUAUUUAAGUUUGAUUUGUUAUACAUUGUGUUACAGGCUUAGUGGCAUAAAGAUUAAAGCAAUUUUAGCACUAUUUCAAGCCAUAAGGGUACUUUUAUACAUUCGUAAUUUUGACAUGUACAUAUUACUCUAAUAGCCUUUUUGUUAAUAUACAUGAACAUUCUGAUGCAUGGUGCAAGAGAACUAGUUUUUUAAUUGCUUGUUAACGCUAAAAUUUUAAAUGAAAUUGAAUAAAUAAUGUUUAAAAUUUACAGUUGUCUUGGUUACCCCACAUGCUUGCUAUUUUUGGCCUAUGACUGUCAGUUUUCUCCAGAAAUGUAUUUAACGGUAUUUGUGUGUGUAAAUUUUUUUUUAUUAUUAUUUUUAUUGGAGGAAGAGCAAUCUUUGUUUUAAUCCAAGAAUCUUUUCAACAAUUCAAUAAAUUUAUGAAAAUUGUUUCAUUAGUAAAUAAUUAAGUAAAAAAAAAAAUUUAAAAAAUCGAUUUAUUUUCACUGUACACUAUUGUUGGAUGAUGCUAAUCAAAUACAUCCAGUAUCUUACAUACUACUCGAUUAUAUUUAGAUAUCUUAUUUUUUAUAAGAAGCCACAACUUACUUCCAUUUCACCAUCUUAGAGGUUGAAUUUAAAAAAAAAUAAAAAAUAUUUUUUGUGUCUCUCUCUUGUUCAUGCCAUUCAUGCUCAAUUUAUUAUCUUCACAUUUAGUAGAUUCUUAACAAAAAAUAAAACAAACAAAUGAACCCUAUUUUUUACACAUAUGAAUGAAAUUUCAGGAAACAGUUAAGCGAAUUUAUAAUUUUUUUGUGUUCAUUAUUCAUAAUAAUAUUUUAGCAUCAACUUAAACAUCAGAAAGUGGUAAGAAACAGUUGGUAGUUGUAUUUUUUAAUGCCCAUAAUUUUAACUCCCGAAUUAUUAAUUUCGGAGCUAUACUUUCCUGUUGUAAAAACAAAAUUACAACCUUUUUUUUUUACCUAAUUUACGGUUAAAUUUAUAGAAAAUUGAUAAGACGUAGAAAAUAACUCUUUCCGAGUAUCUUAAAUUCCCCAUAAGAAGAUUCUAUGAUAUGAUAUUCUCUUUAUAGAUACAAACCUACCCCAUUUUCUUUCUCUUAGGGAUGAAAUUUCGUAAUGACCUACAGUUUGUGUGUUAAAUCCAGUAUAUUGGCUAUUUCUGUUUUAAAUUUUAUCCAAAUUGAUUUGGUAGUAAGGUUGUAAUUUAGUAAGAAACAUUCAAACUCCAAAAUUUUUACUUUCAUGUUGAUAGGGAAUUGGACAAGUAUGCUUAAAAUCCAUUAAAAAGUUAUGUAGUGUAUUAAGGUAAUUCAUAAUACUGGUGAUCAUCAUUUGCGUAUUUGCAGUAGGACUGUAUGCGAGUUAACCACAGUGGUGAGUGCUUCAGAACUGUAUGCACUAUCAUCAUGGUUGUGGUACUUAGCCCACUUUAUAGGUUGUUGGUGAUGUAACUUAGCUUGAUUUUUCGGUCUGACUCAAUUUUUUUUUGCACUUAGCCCUUUAUUGCAUAAACUUAUAUUGUGCACAUGUAUGGUCAAAUACAUGAUUUUUUUAUAAAUUAAUCACCAAAAGGCAAAGCUAUAUUAUUGUUUUAGUCUUUAAAAAAAUAUGUCUACGGCUUAUACUACAGCAGAUUAAAUUUAAAUUUACUAGGGAAUCACCUCAAGCAUAGGACAGUUGACAAGGAGGUUUCUGUUUUUAGCGACUAAAUGACAGUACACAUGCCAUUAGUUUCUAUAUUUGAAUCUAGAUAGCAGUGCAGAUGUUUCUAGUUUCAUGUAUUGUUUUCAACUUUAAGCAACUGUUGUGGAAAAACCUCUUGUUUCUCAUAAUUUUUAACGCAAGUAUCUCAUUGUUCGACAUUCCCUUUUCUGUAAUAUGUACCAUAUUUUUUUAGUUUAAACAUGCUAACAAUAGUCAUUAGAAACAUUUUUCUACCACAAAUAACAUAAUCACAAUAAGAUUCUUAAAUACUGUGUGAUCUAAUUCAGAACUGGUUAAAUUUUACUAUUUACAGUUAGACGAAAUCACUCGAUAGCUGUAUUUACUAGUAGUAGACUGUCAACGUGUGCUAUCGAUCAAAGAUUCAGAUACAAUUUAUAAUACCACUUAUCAAAGCUGGCUUAGCUGACUAGUACUAGUCACAACUGAGUGGUUGUUUUAACAUUGCUUGAGUUAAGAAGAGGAAAGUCAGAAGUUUAGAAAUAUUUAGAUAAUGAAAGAUGUUAAAACAAAAAUUUAAUUGAGUUUAAGAUAAAUCUUAUUUGGGUAGCUUUCAUGAUUAAGAUGCAGGUAUACUUUUAUUUUUAAACAAUUUAAUUUCAAAGUUGCUCAAAAAAUUAAGUUUUCAGACAAAAAAUGGUUUUCUGGCUGAUCAUAUUAUGUGUAUAAAUGUGUUUUUCUGCCCCUGCAUUUAUUAUAUUUUUUCCCUUCACUGUUAAAAGUUUGUAAUGUAUGUCUGCAUGAUAAAGUAGUUUUCAUCUUUACAAAAAUGUUGUGAUUUUGUUUUAGAAAAUGAAAUGAAUUUACUGUACAUGAUUGAUUGCUAACUAUUUAAUUUAUUAAGUUUUCUUUUACUCAGUGUUAUUAUUUUCUGUUAUUUAACUCAUAUAGUUUAUAAUUAUGUCAUAAAAUAUGUGCAUUGUGAUUAUUUCUUAGUGUGUAAUUAUUUCUGUAUAGUCUUUUGUAAAAAUUGGUUUAAAUAAUAACAGCUGUUCCAAGCUGAACUUAAACUUAAAUGUGGGGUGCAGUAUACUCUUGAAUGAUAACACAAGCCAACAAUAGUUUUGGUGCCGGGGUAUUUGUAGCUGAUUUCAUAUGAAUUUGGUGCCCUGAAUUCAAAUAUGGCAUCAGAUUUGCCUAGGAGGUAAAAUUUCUAAGAUAUAAUGUUUUAGUGAAUUGUACAUUUUAUGUUUGUAAUCUAAAUCCAUGAAUGAAAUCUAAAAAUUAAGUAUGGAAUUCUUAUUAAUAAAUUACACAAAUAUUAUUAUAUAUACAAAAAUAGUACUAUGUCAUUGAUGGAACCAACUAGUCACUCAACAUUUCAGAAGCUUCUUUUUCGUGAACUUCUUGAAUGUAUCUUAGAACAGUCCCUUUUUAUACUCCGGCAACAAUCUGCCAACAUGUGCACAUCCCAUAUUCCUUGAUAGCUGUCCUCCAUAAAUUUAAUAUCUUGAUGAAAUCUUUUACCUUGCUCCUCACUGCUGUCUCCUUAAUUUUCAGGAAAACGGUCCAGGUGGCUGUGUAAAUAGUGUACCUUAAUACUCAUGUUACACCCAAGGGAUUUGAAAUGUUUAAGCAUAUCGUUUACCAUUUCAACAUGGUUUUCUGCUUUUCGUUGGCCCAGAAAAUUUCCGACAACUGCAUCAAAUGAAGUCCAGGAUUUUCACUCAGUCUCAUUCAUGGUAUUUAUGAAUGCUUGGUCCUUAAUGAAUUUUCUUAUUUCUGUGCCAUUUAAUAUUCCUGCUUUAAUUUUUUCCAUACUCAAGUGAGGCAUUUUUUCCCCAAUAAAUGCAUAGCAUAUAUGAAUGAUCCGUCCUAAUCAAGAGCCUUUACAAACUGCUUGAUAAGGCUCAGCUUCAUAUGCAGUGGAGGAAAGUAUCCAUGAUAAGCUCUCUUUACAAGGUCUUUCUGUUAUCUUUUAAUGUGUAUUCUCCACAUAUGUAGCAAAACACUUCAAGUUGAUUUACACAACUUCUUCUACUGGAACUCAUUGUUUAUCAACAUUGAUCUAUUCUGCACGGCUAAAACUUACAAACUGACCUCAAAUUUAGUUGAAGUGUUGAAAUGAAGAAUGGGAUUUGCAUCCUGGGGUAUCCCAGUUAUGAAGUGGGGAUUCCCAGUCUGGGGUAUCCCUGUGAUGAAGUGGCUUGAGUCAAGCAGGCAAUUUUACUUCUUUUUUCACACUUAUCUCAAAACAUAGAGCUGAUAGGAAAAAAACUGAUUUGAUAUUUAGAUUCAGCACCCCAAAUAUAGCUAAAAUCAGUUCCAAAAUCCUAGGCACCAAAAAAAAUUAUUUUCUUGUUGGCCUGUGUAAUUUUAAUUGGCACCAACACAAACCUGUAUUACCAAAUUUAUAUGGAGAAAAAAAUAUAUUAUUAACAGA